GCGUCGGAUGCCCAUGGCUGACAAAAUAUUUUUAAACAAUAAUUAUUUUGCAAAUUGCGUUAAAUAAUUAAAAAUCAAGGUUUAUUGUAAAAAUGUGGUCGUUUUUUUUAAAGAAUAAAAAUGAUAUCAUUUACUUAUCUUUGCUUUUAUUCAGUGUUAUUAUUGGACCUUACUACAGAAAACUCGGCCCAGUUGAUUUUAAGAAAUUGGUCGGCUCUCUUCUGGGUAUUGGUUUAAUAUUUAUCGUGUCGGGAUAUAAUGCCGCACAUCCUAUUUUUUCGGCCCUUUUUGGUAUAACUGCGAUUAAAUUUACUUCAAUAAAGACAUGCCAUGUCUUUACAUUCUUCUUCAUGUUUGGCUAUUUAAUGGUCUUCCGUUUGACCAACCACUUCAGUUCAAAGGGUCCAUCUGGGCAAACUAAUCUGAUUGAGAUGAUCAUUGUACUACGAGUAGUGGGUGUGGCAUUUGAAAUAAACGGCUCAUGGUUAGCAAUGAUUGAGUCUAGGAAAAAAGAAAAGAAUCCGACAGAGAAGGAAUCUGAGAGUCAGCCUGCUAGAGAUGAUGAUUUCGUGGAAUUCAUAAAUCCAUCUUUUGUUGACCUUUUUCAUUAUUGCUUCAAUUACAUUGGAUUAUUAACAGGUCCGUAUUAUAGAUACCGUACAUUUGAUGACUACUUCAAUCUGCCAUAUAGCAAGUAUGUGGACUGUCUCAGUUUCACAAUCAACACUUUGAAAACUGUGCCAUUGUAUAUUUCACUAUAUUUGGCUCUGUCUAACAUAUGGCCUCUGGAGUAUAUUCUUACUGAAGAUCACAACCAGAGACACUUUCUAUACAGAAUGAUGUACCCAUGGUUAUUAUUUGCUGCUUUCCGUCAACGUAUCUACUCUGGCAUGACACUUGCAGAGAGUGUUUGUACCUCUGCAGGGCUCGGUGCUUAUCCAGUGCAGGGACGAAACAGAUCUGGACAUGGACCUACUGUUGGUUACUUGAAUUUGAAAAAAAUGCCUGAACGAGAAGCUAGAGUGGCGAAGUAUGACUUUAAAACGGUUGAGUCUAUGGAUGUAUGGGGAUGUGAAACGGUGGUUACAUUGAGAGAUUCAAUGAAGGUUUGGAACAAGGCUGUGCAGUAUUGGGUUGCAGUCGUUGUUUACAAGAGAUUCCCUGUUCCUGAAUUAAAAAUCCACGCUGCAUUAUUUGUGUCUGUGAUAUGGCACGGUUACCAGGCUGGAUAUUUCUUCUGCAUUUAUUUCUGCCCAUUCUACUUAAUGGCUGAGGAUAUAUACGUUAGACUGUACUACAAGGAUGCUACAGGAAUCAAAAAGAAGAUCAUUGGCUUUAUAAUGUGGUUCCUACGAUCGCAUUCGGAAUCUUACCAAGCAGUGGCUUUUCUCCUGUUAUCCUUCGACCGCAUUUGGAUCUACUACACGUCUAUGCACCACUAUUGGUAUGUAGUUUGGUUUGCGUUCUUGGUUCUGGGGAUCAUACUGAACAAGGUGCGGAACAUCCUGAACCCUGGGAUUCGUACACCUUAUGUGAGAACUCGGGUGCACGCCCAGUAAACGGAAGAUUGUAAAACUAUAUAAUCACUUUACAUGAAUGUAGUUUCAAUGGAUGUUAGUUUAUUAUGUGGACGUUCCGUGUUCUGCCUAGGUAUCUAAAUGUCCGUACAUUCAAAAAAUCAGUACAAUUAAAUAUUAAUCCAUAUUAUUAAGUAUAAAUUAAACUUUCGUUCGCACGGGUGUUUCUUUAAUCCUUGAAAAAAAGCGUUUGAAUAAAAAAAAUAUAGACCUGUUAUCCAGAUAUGUAUCAUUUGCGCGAUCCGAUCAACAUAUUAUUAUGGCUGAUGCGUAUAAUGAUCGUGAUGGAAUAUGAACACUCCUCCGGAAAGUUUUUGGUUAGAGAUAAACAACUUAAUAAAUUGAAAAGUUGACACUUAUAGUAUUUUUUAAAUAAAAAUUUUCACCUUAUUACCAUGUUAUUUGUCUCGUUUUAAAUACUGGAGGAGGCCUAUACUAAGAGGCACGAAUUUCCGGACAUUUAUAAAUUCAAAAACUCGUGUAUUUGUUAUAUUGUUGUGACGACCUCCCUGGCGCAACGGUGAGAGCUGUGAAUUUAAGUGGGAAGUCAAGGGUUCGAUU